UUCAUUUUUGUUUGGGCGAAACGCGUCGCGAAUUUGCGCAAAUUAGCAAAAUAAUUUCACAACAAGUUGUCACAAAUUAAUGCGCCUGUUUCUCAUUACAAUUCCUUCAUUUGUUUUCUGGUCACUUAAGAUCGGGUCGCGAAAAUGCUUCGCAAUUUGUUGAAUUUGCCAAACAAAUACAAAGUCCUAAGGGGCAUGUUAUCAUAUGGAACGCUGUGGCCAUGUGGCUGCCUCAUCGAACAGACGCUAAUCGAGAAACGGACAUUCCGCAACUACGACUGGAUGAAGUGUCUGAGAUUUGGUUUGUUUGGUUUCUUUUUUAUGGGGCCGACAAUUUAUGUUUGGAUAAGACUGGCCGGCGUCAUGUGGCCCCGCAGAGAUAUUAAGUCAUCGCUGUGCAAGGCGAUCACAGAGCAGACCGCAUACGAUCCCAUGGCCAUCAGUUCCUUUCUCUUCACCAUGACGCUGAUGGAGGGCAACACGUACGAACAGGCCAAGCAGGAGGUUAGCGAUAAAUUUCUGGAUGCCUAUAAGGUUGGCAUUAUUUAUUGGCCCUGCGUGCAGACGAUAAACUUUGCCUUCGUCCCGGCCCGAAAUCAGGUUGUAUUCACCUCGUUUUUCAGCAUGUGCUGGACCACUUUUCUGGCCUAUGUGAAAUUCCUCCAGGCACAUCCGCACGUCGAUGUUGAUCAUCAUGCUAUCGAUAUACACCUAUUAGAAAUGUAAAAUGUAAAACAAAAAAAAAAAAAAAACAAAUAAAUUCUAGUUUGAAU